AUGUUGACCAAGGCGGUGGACCUCCGGUCGGACACUGUGACGAAGCCCUCGGAGGCCAUGCGCGCCGCCAUGGCCGCAGCGGAUGUGGACGACGACGUUCUGGGCUCGGACCCGACCGCCCACCGCUUCGAGACGGAGAUGGCCAGGAUGAUGGGCAAGGAGGCGGCCCUGUUCGUGCCAUCGGGCACCAUGGCCAACCUCGUCUCCGCCCUCGUGCACUGCGACACCAGGGGCAGCGAGGUCAUCCUCGGCGACAACUCCCACAUGCACAUCUACGAGAACGGCGGCAUGUCCACCAUCGGCGGCGUCCACCCCAGGACCGUCCGCAACAAUCCCGACGGCACCAUGGACAUCGACAAGAUCGUCGCCGCCAUUAGGCAUCCGAACGGGCUGUGUUAUCCUACCACCAGGCUGAUAUGCUUGGAGAACACACAGGGAAAUUGUGGUGGAAAGUGUCUGUCUGUAGAAUACACGGACAAGGUUGGGGAAGUUGCUAAAACUCAUGGCUUGAAGCUUCACAUUGACGGAGCUCGAAUUUUCAAUGCUUCAGUGGCACUUGGAGUUCCUGUUGAUAGACUUGUGAGAGCUGCGGAUUCAGUUUCGGUAUGCCUAUCGAAAGGGUUAGGUGCCCCUGUUGGAUCAGUUAUUGUUGGUUCCAAGGCCUUCAUAGAGAAGGCUAAAAUCCUCAGGAAGACCUUAGGUGGUGGAAUGAGGCAGGUGAGAGUUCUAUGUGCUGCUGCCCAUGUCGGAGUCCGCGACACUGUAGGCAAGCUUGCCGAUGACCAUAGGAGGGCUAAAGUCUUAGCAGACGGACUGAAGAAAAUUAAACAGCUUAGAGUUGAUUUAACUUCAGUCGAGACCAAUAUGGUAUACUUCGACAUUACGGAUCCACUAAUAUCACCUUGCAAGCUCUGUCAAGUUCUGGAACAGCGCAACGUACUGGCAAUGGCAGUAAGCUCAAAGAGUGUCAGACUUGUGACCCAUUACCAAAUUUCAGACAGCGAUGUCCAGUACGCGUUGAGAUGCAUCGAGGAAGCUGUUGAGGAAAUACUGUUAGGCAGUGCUAAAUCCGAGCAUUUGGCAAAUGGUGUAACGGCAAAUUCAUAUGGGAACUAG